AUGAACACGCUAUAUCUGCCCAAUCCGUGUUUGCUGGGGAUUCUGCUCACGAUCUCUACGCACGAUGGUAACCAUUUGGUUUUCCAUUAUCCGCCGCAGCCAAAUGAGUACGGCUACCGACCUACUCCGUUGGGGAACCAAAUCCUCAACACGGAGGACGACGACUAUUCCAGCUCUUCGAAUGAGGAAAUGGACGACGAGCUGCUAGAUAUGGACCUUUACCAGCUCCAAAACGAGGAUGAUGACGACUACAGCGUUUCUGCCGAGGGAAGCAGCCGGGGAAGUCUCAGUGCAGAAAGUACGGGCAGUGGCAUGAACGUGCCGUCCAGUUCCACCACCAACCAUCUGGGCAAGGGUUUACUGGGGAUCCUGGACGAGCAGGACCGCAAACGGCGAAACAAGGAGAGCAAACGACGCAAUCUCAUGAAUAACAUAAUUAUGGGGGAACAGGUUCCCCAGGCAGAUAAUUCUUCCAGCAGUAAGAGCGCAAACACAUCUGUUCAAAACGACAUGAGCACCACCACGGCGACGGAGCAGGACACGGCCCCGCCACAACUGGAUAAAUUGUUUGGUUUUGACGUCGACUUUGUGAGCGAACUGGUGACUCCGCCAAAACAGCUGUGCAACUCGAGGUUCGAGCUUUCGGUGGACGACAUGGCGUUUCUCGGGCUCCCGAUCCACGUGAACGAGGACGGAAGUUGGAGAACUUCCUCGAACAAACGCGCUCGCAAAAAGAAAACCAGCCGCAAGAAGAAAGUAUCAUCUGAUUCGGACAUGUCUGACGAUUACGACGCAGACAACAACGACACCUCUCAAACAGAAAAGGACGGCUCCAUGUACAUGUUCCAUCUGGUGUUUGUUCUGAACCCGCCUGUUGUUGAGUACAAUUUCCGGAUCGAUGAGAUGUUCCACUACAUAGCCAGUCGGAUGGCUCUGUUGCUGAGAUACGAGCAGCAGAAAUCGAGUUUUGUUUGGAACGAGUCCAAACUCAUUCUGGAGCUGAAAGAUGAGCUGGCUCAUCUUCCACUAAAGGAACAGUGGAACAAGAUCAUCAGUAGGUCGUCGUUGGCGAAGAUGAUGGCCCAGACAUACAACGCCGUCUCCAACUCCGAGAUCCUCAACAUCGAGAUCAACAACAAGAUGCGCUCUUUCCAGAUCCCAAUUCGAACAGAGUACAGUUAUCUUCCUCCACAGCAUAUCCAGCUGCUUCCCGGGUCGUCUCUUUCAUCUGUGUCACCGUUCGACUCCAUGGGUCUCAACCUAAACGGCAAGUCCCAUUUUGACAACGAUUCCAUGAUAUAUUACGCCCUGAUAAUUUUGGAUGACCCGGAGUCUAUCAUCAAGGACAUUCAAGCCGAAAAGCACUCCGUCAUCGCCAACUUCAUCCGCAUGAUCAAGCCAAGCGAGAGUCUUUCGCGACUGGCUACUUUAAGUGGGCUAGAUAUCUCUGAAGUCCGGCUUUUCGCAAACCAUCUGGUUUAUUGGCGAAGAGCCAAGGCAUUUCUUCCUCUAAGUCCCAGAAACGUGUAUAUUGUCUCUCCAUUGGCGCCUUUGUACAACGUUUACAAGGACUCCACGCUGUUCAAACAACAGUUUCCAAAUCUGCCACCACUUUCAAACUUCCUGUCGUUGAUCUCUUCCUCGUCCAACAAACCGCGCCCAAUCAACACCAUCAUCCCCAGCAGAGACCACAGAGACUUGUAUCUUGAUGCUGUUGCCUGGCUGUUGAAAUACGGAUACCUUACACAACUGCACACGUUUCUGUAUCUCAAGAUAUCCAAGGAGAUCAAAAUCAAGGUUGACGAAGAGCUGGAAAUGGAGCGCAAGAACCGCAAGUCCAAGGCCGGCGACAACUCGUCGUCUGACGAAGAGGAUAACAAGGUCGCUGCCACGGACAACACCACCAAGGCCCAACAGGCGACACCUGCCCAGUUCUCAGUUUCCACAUCCAACGGUUCAGAAUCCAACAUCGACAUGACCUCCGUUGCUCCUGGAACUGUAUAUUUCGAGGAAGAGGAGGAGGAGGACACUAUUUUGCUGGACCCGGAAAGCGCGACUGCUUUGGAACGGAGAUGGAUAGCCAAAUGCGUGGAAGGCCAGCCAUUGGAGGUGGUGAAUCUAUUCUACAAGCUGCUCAAAUACAUGAACGGAAAAAACUCGCUGGAGCUGUUGAUGAUGAAGGAGAACGUGAGCAGACAGGACGUUCGCAAACUGCUUGUUUCGAUGAGCCAUCACGUCACUACGGUUCGUCAUUGGUAA